AUCCGUGUACAAUUUGAUGUUUCCAGAGUUCACAAUUGGUAUCCUUCCUACAAUAUUGCACCUACCAAUGCUGCGUUAAUGAUCUAUAUGGUAAACACAAGUGAUGCUGACUACAGAUAUGUGUUGGAACCGCUGAAGUUUGGCAUGAUACCGUAUUGGGCGAAGCCGACUGACCCCGAGCCGACCAAAAAUGGCGUUGCCUAUUCCAGGGAGAUCCAGAAACAUCAAUCUAAAUACUUCAACUGUAGGAAAGAGACAUUGGCACAGAGCAAGAGUGUCUGGAGUAGCAGUAGAAAGAAUAAAAGAUGCGUAGUACCAAUUCAAGGCUAUUUUGAAUGGUUGAAAUCGAAAACAGACAAGGUCCCACAUUACGUCCACUCGAAAUCGUCUUCUAUUAUAUACCUAGCUGGACUCUACUCCCACAAUACGAACUACACAGAAAACACGAACGUCAAUGGUGAAUACCUUUCUUCGUUUGCAAUAGUAACCGGUGCUGCUACGAAAACAGACGAAUAUGAUAUCUCGUGGUUGCAUAGUCGAAAACCCAUAAUGCUAGUUCCUGGUUCUCAAGAAUGGUUCGACUGGCUCGAUCCUAAUAAGACUUGGAACGAGAACUUACUAGACACAAGUUUGAAUGUUGAACAUAACAAGGCAUAUAAAGAUAUCGAGGGCUAUCCAGUGUCGAAAGAAGUAGGUAACCCAUCCAACAAGAGCGAUAACAUUAUCAAAAGAGAGGAGAAGAAACCUCAAAAAUCUAUUACUCUGUUCUUUAGUCCUACAAAACGAAUCAAAAAAGAAGAGACACAGCUGGAAGAAAAUUCCCCUGCGAAAAAGAAAAUCAAAACAGAAUCUAAUGAUACUAGUAGAACUAAGGUCAAGACCGAUUCUAGUGAGACUAUAGUCAAGGAAGAGCAGUAG